AUGCGUCUGGGCCUCGCGACACUCUUGCUCGCGCUCGCCACCACAACCCUGGCACAGGAAGCGGGCACUCUAGACACCCUGCCUGCAGACCAAAACCCGCUACCAGUGACAGACGUCGCAGCAGGCAGCCCCGACGCCGCCGCUACUGAUGGCCCGGGAACUGCAGGCGCACUCGUGACGGACGUGUUCAAUUCCAUCGCUGUGGCGUCAACACCAGUCGUAACAAAUGUCGCUGCUGGACAAGAAGAAAGCACUGUCGUCCCCACGCCUCCCGCGUCAUCCCCGCAAGAGUCCAGCGUCGCCCCGACCACCAUUGCCUCGAACGCCAUUGCAACUGCCCUUGCGUCCGUACCGCUGCCGACUUUGACUACCCCAAUCACCACUACCACAACGCCGACUUCAUCUGGGUCCCCGAGCAAAGCACUACCGACCACGAGGCCGGGCCAGAGCGCCUCAGGGGCAAAGACAACAGCAAGCGACUCUGAAGUGUCUGCCACCUCGGCAGCGGAAGCUGCAAUUGGAGGCAAGAAGAACACUGGAGCCGUCGUGGGCGGUGCCAUUGCAGCAGUGUUGAUCAUCGCCUUGGCAAUUGCCGGCUUCUUCCUGUAUCGUCGUCGUCGUUCCCAUGCCAGCAAGCGAUCGCCACCUACGGGCGGCGAGUACGAGGCCCUCGUCACCCGCAACAAUACAGACGCCGAGGCGGCCUUCACUGCCGUUCCCGGUACGCUGGCUACGACCGGAGACGGCGGAAUGGUCACCAUCUCGCGUCCUCCGGCAACUCGCCAGCUGAGCAUGCCCCUGUCGCUUGCGGCCAGUGACGAUGACAGUUUCUCGGUGCCGCCCCCAGUCGUUGUCAGUUCAGACUCACCUCAAGGUAACAUGCCCAUCAUCUCGCGUGUCUCGUCCGCCCAGGCCCUCCCCCAGGACGUCGACCUGUCGCAUUCACGGUCCUUCUCCGGCGUCGAGGGUGUGACCCUUCCCGGCAAAUCGGCUGCCUCAUCUGCCGCCCUCGCCGACGAGAAGAGUGCGGCCAUGGUAGCAAAGAUGGAGGAAAAGGAGAAUGAGAAGGCUGCCGAGGCCGAGGCGAUGCGCGCACAGGGACACGAGCCCGACCCUGUUCCUCCGUAUUGGCUCAAUGCGGGCACAGAGGAGGCGCACAAGGACUUGCACGAGCUCGGAAGGGCGCCAACUUACAAGUCUUUAAAGGGCAAGGAGCGGCAGCAGUAA